CCUCGACCAAGGAUGGAAGCCAUGAAAACCAGCUUGGAAGAAUGGAGGUUGGUGGUAGCUCAAGCUCAGCUCAGCUACCAAAGAACCCUAGAUUGUCAUCAAGAAAUAAUAAUGAUCAAGAUCACACAAACAAAAGAAUUAGAGUGUCAGCUCCCCAGUGUGGAAACUUGGAGAUGCCACCAGACGAUAAUUUCACUUGGAGAAAGUAUGGUCAGAAACAGAUUCUUAAUGCCAAGUAUCCGAGAAGUUACUAUCGUUGCACCCACCAUAAACUAUACAAGUGUAAAGCCAAGAAACAAGUGCAAAGACUAAACAAUGAUCCAACAACAUUGGAGAUUCUGUACCGUGGUGAACAUACUUGUCAUAUGUCAAGUACAGCUCCUUCAAUCCCACCACCAUCAUUACAACUAUUUGUUAAUCAACAACACCACAUAUCACCAUUUCAUGAUCAUCAUUCCAUGAUCACAAAUAUACCUCAUAAUUCUUCUCACCUAUGGCGGCACACAUUAGAUCAUCAACAUCAACAAGAUCAUCAUCAUCAUCAUCAUCAUCGUCAUCAGUUAUAUGGUUUAAGUAGUAGUAGCAGUAGCACUGGCUGUAGCAGUAGCAACGUACUAUGUAACUCUACUAAUACACGAGCUGGCCUUUCUACUGCGGGUUCAAUUCAGCAAGGUGGUCUUGGAAGUGGUAAUCAGAUUCAUGUUCCUACAGAUGAUUCAUGGAUUGAUGUAUUUAAUUCUGGGAGAAGUGGUAGUAACGCCUUAGAACUUAUCUUUACUCCUACUCAUGAUACAAAUGAUUCAUAAUAACCCUAUCUUUAUACUUUUUUCAUCUACUAUUCUCAUUUGCAAUUUUUUGAAAUUAAAUUUUUAGGAUAU